GAGUAGCCAUGAGCGCUGCCUACCUCUUCCUGCUAUUCCUGCCUGCAGGCCUGCUGGCUCAGGGGCAAUAUGACCUGGACCCACUGCCGCCAUUCCCAGAGCACGUCCAGUAUACCCAUUACAGUGACCAGAUCGACAACCCGGACUACUAUGAUUAUCAAGAGGCCACCCCUCGGCCCUCCGAGGAACAGUUCCAGUUCCAGUCUCAACAGCAAGUCCAGCAGGAAGUCAUCCCGGCCCCCACCUUCGAGCCAGGAAACCCGGAGACGGAGCCCACGGAGCCUGGGCCUCUUGACUGCCGUGAGGAGCAGUACCCAUGCACCCGCCUCUACUCCAUACACAAGCCCUGCAAACAGUGUCUCAACGAGGUCUGCUUCUACAGCCUCCGCCGAAUGUACGUCAUCAAUAAGGAGAUCUGUGUCCGCACAGUCUGUGCCCACGAGGAGCUCCUCCGAGCUGACCUGUGUCGGGACAAGUUCUCCAAAUGCGGUGUGAUGGCCAGCAGUGGCCUGUGCCAGUCUGUGGCGGCCUCCUGCGCCAGGAGCUGCGGGGGCUGCUAG